CUGUAUCCGCCACGAGUACUCUACAACAAUUCGCUGAACCCACACUUUCAUCGACAUGUCAUGACUCUGAAACGCAUCCAACUCCUUGUCUAAGCCUCACUUAAGGCCUUCUCCUUUACUUGAGCCAUGAACGCUCCGACAAUGCGACUGACCCUCGCGCUCUUCAAGUCACCGUCUAUCCGGCUGUGAUCAUAAUGUGCGUAUUUGCACCUCUCCAGGGGCCCUUCUGUUGACUCUUUGGCUUUGGAGCUUAUCGCCGUGUUGCAGCAGUCGGACGAACUCGUCAUAGUUCACUUAGGGGCACGAGCUGGGAGGAAAGAUCGUUGGCUGGAAAUACAUCAUGAGACUGGGACGCGGGUGCGCACUCUUACUCACUCUUUGCUAACUACCGUCUGAGAGCCCGUGAAGGAUAUCCAGAUGCGAGGCCUCGCUGCAUGUUACGACGUUACGCAAUACGUGCUCGAGGACACAGCGACGCGAGCAGCUCACGAAGACCGCCUACGCCCGUGCGUGUUCUGGACUUUCACGCACCUUCCGAGCAUGCUUUUCAACACUGAAUCUCAAGACACUUCGCGCAUGUGCAAUACUCUAUACGCCUCGGCCAGAACGACGAGCGAGGCAGUCAAGACAGACGUCUCGAGAUCGAUGAUGGCUGUCGGUGAAGCAACUGAAGACGUAGCGCAAGUGUGCGACCAGGACAUCGCUGCUUUUACCACCCAUUCGAUUGCGUAUCAGGAAGACUGGUCGGCGCCGAGUCCCGCAUCUCACUUUGCCCCAUCCAAGAAAGGACUACGGCAGGCGCAGGAAGGCGUAUGGUUCGAACAUUAGAUCGACGCUCGGGGGCGAGAAUAUCUCAUGUGUUACCGCGCGCGAUGUAAAUGCAUCUCCGCAUCGUCGAGCAGCACCACGGAGUGGCGCAUCGCGAGAGUUUUUCGCAGCCGGAGCCGGAGUAUUGCAGAGAGGCGUGCCAGAAACUGGUGCGUAUACUUGACUUUCGAGACCACUCCGCGUCUCACACAGGCACCAGGACAGAUCCAGGCGCAGGGAUAUCCGUCGCAAGAAUUGAACGAAGAAGAGCUCUCUGCGCUCGCGUCGCGUGAUCAUACCAACAACCGGAUCCCUGUCCUGCUCUCGCUCGAACCUCUCGGAAGUGAUCACUAACCUGCGCUUGGUCCCGAAGGCUGCACCAGCCGGGUCAAGAUCAGGUUAGGCCAGGCCAGCGCAUGUAUCUAUCGCAUUUGUAUUCAUCACCUUCGUCGAUACCAACGCUCAGCACGCCAAGUCAAACAGACCCACAAGGCACCGCACGCGCUUCCGAACCGGGGCGGUAACGACGGUUUCGGUAGUUGGGCUUUGAGUCGAGCAUUUGAUCAUGUCAGGGCGCCGUCGAGCGACGAGAGCCUGCUGCAGCGGUGCCAGGUUCGUUCUUGUUGUCAGAGUCUCGUUCACAGCCAAUGUUUCGGCGGUACCAAACCUCCGUUUCUCGUUUUACCUUGUCUGUAACUCAGCGAGUCCCGCAAUGCCAAGUUUUCGCC